CUGUUUACCCCUACCAUCUCACCUGCAGAUCCACUGCGGUGACCGGGGUUUGUCUGCAAGUUUUAAAGAAUAUCUACGCCGACGGCUCUGCGUUUGGUUAUUCGGAAUCCUGACUGCGAAUAACCCUGGCCGAAUCGUGCCGUGCCGGAGUCGGCUGCUUGGCAUCCAGCGAAUGGUGUGAAAGAAACUAUUUGUUUGUAAAUCAAGGAGAAGCUUGUCGAGGUACUGAAGAGCAAAUUUCCUCGAUCGACCAGUGUAUGAAAACAUUGAAAGCUCUAAUCAGGUAUGGCUAUUGUCGAGCUGUUCGACUGGUGGCGUCUAUUGAUUAACCCUGAGAAAGCAGAAUGGCGAAAAAAGAUAGAAAGCUUGCUGCUCGGCACGAAGCCAUUUAGCUGCUUCUUGAUGAUUUUCCUUCCAACGACAUUCAUGGGUGGACUCCAAAAGGGGUUGACGAUGAAGGCAAUAAUGGCUUUAAGACUGCCUAUUUCACUCAUGCCGUGUUUUGCGGCUGGUUGCCUGUUUGGAUUCAACCGGAAGGCCCUCACCUCGCUAUUCGAAGACGCAGUACGGAUUUCGUCACAGAUAUGUACAGAUGGCGUCCCUCCAAGAAUCGAAGAAAAUUCUCGCCGCCUACUGAAUUUCACUCGCAUUGGCUAUGGUGCUAUGCACGCAUGGACCGCAAUAGCGACGUUAAGCGUCCCUGUUUCAGUUGCCUUUCAGGGCAAACUUCUUAUCGACAUGUGGCCGUGGUUUGAUGGGGACGUAGGCGUUUGGCUCGGGGGCACUUUACAGACUGUCAUCGUUUACCCAAUGGCGUUUCCGGUGUACGCCUUUUCCGUUUACAUGUGGUCCGUUGUCGAGGCUUUGGCAGUGCUAUUCAACAUAAUUUCGAACCAACUCACACAUGCUUCCACAUACAGCCAAGUGCAUCAAGUAGUUAGGAUGCACGCCCAGGUGCUGUCUUUAUCAGCCCGCGUUGCCCAACAAAUCGAAGUUGUGCUCACCGUUUUAACGAUCGGGAUACUCAUGACGCCCGCCUUGUCUAUGCUUAUGGUGAUUCGUGGAUUUUUCGAUCUAUUUUCCGCUGCUAGUAUUCCUUUUCUGGUAGCCUUCUGGAUACUUUGCCGCGCUGGACAAAUUCUAGAAAGUGCCGCGCUUCAUCUUAUGUCUUCAUCCAUGGUCACAUUUUCCAAUGUCCAGGAGGUGAACGAUGCUAAUGAGAAAUCUAAAACAUGCAGGUUACUGCUGGUUAUAAUGAUGCAAGCGAUGAGGAAACAGAGCAUUACUGCAUUUCGGGGAAAUAUGCGGUACAACCUUCAUACCUGUCUAGAGGCAUUCAGAUCGUGGUAUUCUAUUCUUCAAUACCUUUUAAACAUGCCGGACAAUAACUCAGUUUAGAGAAAAUCGCAGGAUGACCAAUGUGCGCCAUCUUUUCUUCUGGUUAUACGGUGCUGAAUCCAGUUGUGUGGGCGGUGCUUGCCAACCGCCUCUCGCGUCGGCGCCUCCCUUGCGAGUACGCAACCUGUUCGGACGCCUGCACCCGGUACAGCAUAGCCAGAAAAUAAAGUGGCGUAGAUCACCUAACCUGUACAGUUACUUGUUGCACGGCUAAGCUUAGUUUUAUCAUGACAUCUCCUAGUCUUAAAAUACGAUGAGCUGCUUUCCUUCUUCGUACCAUAUCGUUCACACAAACAGUUCAGUUCACUCCAUGGCGCUACUUUAGCGCCUAUAUUGGCAGCUCCUUAUCGUUUUAGCCCUCCUCGCAUCAUUCUCUUACGCCCAAGCAUUAUUAAAGCGUUAUUGAUUAAAUA